CACGUCCCCAAGCAUGGGCGUCGAGCAGGAAGCCGAGGAUAAGGCUGACGCGUGCGCAUUUCCGUCACCCGAGGAGGCGAUGCGGGACUCGCUGGAGAACUGCAGCUUUUGCCUUCUGGAGUGUUUUCCGGUAGCCGUUUCAGGUCUAUCAAGGUAUUGUUGCAGAAGAUGACGGAUUGGAUUCCAAUUUAACACCACUUCCAAGUUCCUGUCCACUUUUUUUUAAGUGGAGAAAAUCCAUUUAAAAAUGGCAACUUUGCCAAGUACAUCUGCUGGGCCUCCACCGUCACUCUCAGAUCCAGGAGUGGCUGUGUGGGAGUGGCAGGAUGAGUUUGGCAGGUGGAGGCCAUACCGAAGCAGCGUGUGCAGCUACAUUGAGCAAUCUUUCCAGGUUCUCAUGGUGAAAGGCCGGCGGUCACUGGGAACUUGGCCUGUCAAUGGCAGCAUAUCCUUGGGACAGGCUGAUUCAACUCUGGCUCCCUACAUAAUCGACAUAGCGAGUCUCACCCAGUUCCGGCAAGAUACUGGGACCAUGCGGGCGGUGCGCAGACAUGUCUUCCAGCUUGAUUCGGCACCUGGACAGGGAGUAGUUUGGGAGUGGCAGAACAAUGAAGGAAGCUGGUUUCCAUAUGAGAUGAACGUUUGUGUAUAUUUGGAGCAAGCUUUCUCACUCAAUAGCCCUCAGGUGGAUCUUGGGCCCUUUGGUUACAAUUAUGGAAUUGAUUUUGUAUCACUGACCCAGACGAAUAAAACCACUGGGUACCAGCGAAGAAUCCGUCGGUGUGUGGACUCUCCAUACCCAGUAGCCACAGCCACGGGGCCUGUUCACAUUGGGCCCACAUGUUCAUGCCAACAGUGCUUGUUGAAUAGUGGAACUGGUCCCAUAACCUCACGGUUUCGGCACUCAAUGGUGAAUCUUCCUGGAAAUUCAGCAGGAACAACUCCCAAAUUCCUUACUGGUAUACAGGGGGGCAAUAGAAACUCAGGACUCGGUGCUUCUCUGGUGGGCUUUGUGCCUUACAAUAAACCAGCCCUCUCUGGAGCAAGAUCAAUGCCAAGACUGAACGUGCAGAGUGCAGGGUCAGCAUCACAAUCUGCAGUCAUUGGUGGGUCCAGCUCAGCUCCCACAGCAUCCAAAGGAACCAGUGUACCAAAGUUACCAGUGACCAUACCCAGGCCCAGCAAAGUGAAUGAAGCUCUGGCAGGCAUGAUGGCCUUUCUGAUGUCAGUCCCUGGAUUUCCUGUGCACCUCACCCAAGCGCCUCAGCCUGCCCGAGCCCAUAGAGCCUCUAAAAAACUCUGCUCAGUUAAGGGAAGGAGGAGCGUGGGCACCAAAGAUAGCAAGACCAGGCCGGUAGAGGUUGUGAAGAAGUAUUUGGAAGAGCUGAAGACACCUCCAGUUGAUGAGGACUGCAUUAUCUGUAUGGAAAAAUUGGGUGCUCCUUCAGGAUACGGUGAUAUCAGUGAGAGCAAGAUGAUCCAACCUGGAAGUGUGGGGAGACUGACCAAAUGUGCCCAUACCUUUCACGUACUUUGUGUGCUGGCCAUGUACACCAGUGGCAACAAGGAUGGCAGCUUACAGUGUCCCUCUUGUAAGGCCAUCUAUGGUGAGAAGACAGGCACACAACCCAGUGGCAAGAUGGAUAUUUACAAACGCUCAGAGUCUCUUCCAGGGCACGAGAACUGUGGGUCAAUACAGAUUGCAUACUAUAUCAACAGAGGCAUUCAGGGUCCAGAGCAUCCCAACCCAGGGCUGCCAUACACUGCAAGAGGAUUCCCACGAUAUUGUUACCUACCUGAUAACGAGAAGGGACAAAAGGUGCUGGAACUUUUAAAGGUGGCGUGGAGAAGGCGCUUGAUCUUCACUGUAGGAACAUCUAGCACAACUGGCGAGAACAACACUGUGGUGUGGAAUGAGAUCCACCACAAGACAGAGAUGACCUCUAAUGUCUCGGGCCAUGGCUACCCAGACCCUAACUACCUUGACAAUGUGCUGGCUGAACUGGCAGCUCAAGGGGUCACAGAAGAUUGCCUAAGUCCAUGAGUUUAACCUCCCAUCUUGGACUGGAGUUGCAGCCAAAAGUGGAGUUUGUCUUCUCCAUGACUAUAGGUGCCUCUUGGUUGAGUGUGGCCGCUACAAAUCUCCACCUCUGUUGCCUUAUGUUUGCUUGCCCUUUUGCUGAGCAAUAACACAGUCUCUGGGAUUGCCCAGCAUGACUGUGAGGAAGAGGGUUUUUAUAUAUAUAUUGUGCUAGAUGAAAUACAUAAAAGGAUGGUGGCUUAAUCCUCAUAUUGUAUUCUUCCAUAUGUGGUUGCAUGGGAGUUGAAGAUAACACCAAGUGACUGGAAGUGAAGGAACACAAUCUACCUUUUGUUCCUUCUCACUUUCUAUCAAGAAUCAGAUGCUGCUUUGAGGCAGAUCUCUUGAAAGGGAUGAGAUUUCCCUACUUCAGUGCUUGAACAAAAUCAUGUUGUUUAGCAACAAAAGCAGCAUUAAAAUCCGAAGAUAUAUAGCAACUUUCCACAAUUUGCUGUCAAAGUUUGAUAGAAUAUAGUUAUGACUAUUCCAAAUAGUAUCACAGUGGGCGAUAGCACAUAGCAGCUUGGAUUUUAAAAGAAAGCUGAGUAAGGUUGGACCUGAUUCUUCUUGUAUAAGAGGCUGGGAUGAAGUCUCAGGUCUGCAAGCUGGUCUGCGAAGUUUUUUUAAAAAAAUCUGAGAAGAUCAUUUCUGUUCUGCUACCAACGAAACUACUUGGAUGUGGCCAGGAAGAAUUGGGUUUGACUUAGACUUAAUCCCACCCAAAAAUAUCAGUUUGGAAGACCAAUAGGGAGAAUUGUCAGUUUUAUGUAAGGAAUUGCAUAAACCAAGUGUUUUGCAGAUGGUAUCUACGAUUCCCCAAAUAACAUUCAAAAAUUAAUUCAAAAUAUAUAAACGCAGCCACAUGAGCCUUCUACUCAUACAAACUAUUGGGCAUUCUCUCCUGAAAUUUUGUGAAUUUCAUAUAGUUUGGUAAACUUUUAAAUUUGUGAUGAUUUUUCUUUUUGUUGUUCUUUAGCACUGAUACCAUAUACAACUAUAUAGCAGUGACCCGCACUUGAGAACAUUGCUAACUUCUGAGGCAUUGCCCAGAAUUCCAGAAUUUUUCAGUAUCAGCUACUUUUUUGUUAUAUCCAGGCCCUGUAAAAUAACCUUUCAGUAUUCCCAUUUUACAGAUCUUGUGUGCAGUGUGCAGAGUCAUCUAGCAAGAUCACAGUUGGGUAUAUGCUUAAAUUUAGGGCUGCUUGCUACAUCUUUAAGACUAAAACCCUGAAAUAAUUCUGCUUUAUGUAAUUGGAGAACUAAUUUUUUUAACUAUAUCAGUAAAAACUGGAUUCUGUAAGUUGCAUAAAUUCUUCAUAUUGGAUAACUCUAUAUUUUGCAUAAUCCAUUGCUGCUUAUUUAGUUCAUCAUGGACUGAAGUAAAGAUUGAAGCAGAGUCCUGAAAUACAUUUUAUACAGUUUCAUUUGGGA